UGCAGUUUUAGUCACUUCCGUGUUGGUUUCACUAGAGGGAGCGGGAGGUUGCCGCUUGGUUUAAACAUGAUUCUCCACAAAUGUGCGCUGACACAGGCUUACAGUAAAAAAGUUUGUAGUGAAGCCCCGGGGACUUUACUGUGGUCACGUGACAUCCGUUCAGCGGCGCGUGUAAAAGCCGGAGCGCGUCGUUCUCAGCAGAAGAGAUGGCAGCACACACUCUGAAGAUGACAGCAUCUGUUCAGUUCAUAAGAAAACUGCUUGGAAAAAGCAGCUGUGCGACAAGCAAUCUGUUGAACACUGGACACAAAACACAGAAGAACACUACUGAUUAUAAAACAAUCAGGAACAAAGAUGGGAAAAGUCAUAAAAGAAACGUAGUGCAAUUCCAAGACAAGACAACGGAGCAGUACAUACGGAAAAGUGUCAUUUUAAGAAGAAAAGAAAAUGAAACUUUUGGGUUUGACAUCCAGACAAGCAGUGUUGAAAGAAGCAUCAGUGCUGAGCAGGAUUUGGGCUCAUGUGUGUGUUGUGUGAAGGAGAACAGUCUGGCAGAGAGUAGUGGGUUAAUGACAGGUGAUGUUAUUGUAACGGUCAACAGUGUGUACAUUGCUGGAUUCACUCAUCAGCAAAUCAAGGAUCUGGUUCAAAAGUCCUCCACCUUAAUGAUGGAGAUUGUCAGAGGUGCUACAGAAAAGCAGAGACAAUUGCUUAGCAAGCUUUAUCUCCUGCAGCAACAGUUUACAGAGAAAUGCGAAGAGCUUCAGACACUCAUUGCAGAGGAAGUGCGUCUGACAGGAGGUGCUGUGGAAAACAUCCAGAAACUAAAUGUCCUUCCUGCAGGAUCUUCUGCUGACCUUUGCUGACAGCAUGGACAGAGAGUUUUGUUCCAGUUCUAAUACAAUCAAACACACCUAAUCAAAGUUGUGGGCUUUACUGGAAACUUACAGGUUUCUAAGAAGUAGAUUGGGCAUCCUGUGCUCCUGAAGCAUUUUUAAAUUUGUCCAGGAAAACAAAUCCUGGCCGUAUGCUCAAGGAGACCCCAUAAGAGAUCCUGUUCAGACAGCAGACUGCAUAUUUUCUGUAUUUUUAAACUUAAUGCUACAUCGUGGUUUGAAUUAGUGAAUGAAAAGCUAAAUAUUGAUGUACAGAGAUGGAAUUAUUUAACUAUUUAUUUUAAUCAUACUGCUUUUUGUAUUAUCUAUAGUAUACUGUAUUUGUGUAUUUUACACUAUUAAGCAGUCAUUUUAUUGUCAAUUUGUCUAAAUGUGUUUUGUGUAUUUAUGUACGGAGUUCUCUAAUAUUUAUUCAUUUCCAUAUUUAUAUAAUGCCUCAUUAAUAAACUUUUACAACAAACUGAUGUUUUGGAGCUUUGUAGCGCAGGCUAGUUCUGCUUGGGCGGUUUCUCACUAUCUUGAAUGUGGUUAGCAUAAGUUGAUUUGUCUGCUGUUUGCUUCUGCUGAACAUGUAG